AUGAGGAUGAAAACGAUCGAACAGACGGGCGACGGCCCGAAAAUGUCGAGAAAAGAGCAGCGAAAGUCGGCGAAGAAGCUGAAAAAGAUGCAGGCUCGAGCGUUCGCCCAAAGGGCUCCGGUAAUUUGCGAUUUCCGGCGAAUUUUAAGUUUUGCGACAUUUCCAGAUCGAAAACGUGAUGCGUGAAGCGAUGGGAAUGACGAAAGAGGACAAGAAGAAGCGGAAACGGAAGCGGCAGCGGGAGGCGAAAAAAGAGAUGAAAAAGCUGGAAAAACGAGACGAAAGUGAGGAUGAAGACUUGGAAAGUGACGAAGAGUCCGAGGACGAGGUGAUUAUUGAUUUUUGUUGAAAAAUCGAAAAAAACUAAUUGUUCUGCUUAGAGUCCGGCAAAACGACGUGGUGGUGUCGUGGAAGUCAGUGUGAACAAGGGAAAACGCAAAUACGGCGAUGAAUCCGAGGAUUCGGACGAGGAUCUGACUUACGAGCAGUAUAUGGAAGAGGUGGAGGUGAGAAAAUGCAAGAAAUCAGAAGAGUUUAGCGAAAAAUCCCAUUUUUCAGGCGGCUAAACGAAAACGUCGUCAGGAUCAAGAAGGCGUCGACGACGACGAUGCGGCGAUUCGAAAAUAUGGAGUUUUGCUCGGUUUGAAUGUAAAAAUCAUCGAAUUCAUGUGGAAAUCCUAAAAUUUACGAGAUUUUUUGCAGGAAAACAAAAAAGAGCGUGACGGAACGUUGAAGGUGCCAAAAGCGAUGAGAAGCGACGGAUUGGACAGUGAGUUGUUCUAACUGUCUAAAUUAAUUAUAUGGGUCAUAUUCGUUCAGUUUCCACUCAUUUGAACCCACUAGACUACCUGAUACGAGCACUAGAAUCACUAAUGUUCAGAUUGCCGGAGUGUCCUUAUGGCGCCGCAGUCUAGACAUUUCUGGCUUUACCCGGACUGAAAACCAAGCCUUUUGUCCGGAUCAAAAUCAAAAAAUUAUUAAGAAUUGCUCAAAGAAACGUUUUUUGCAGUGCUGCUCGACUUUUGCGACGCGGAACGCCGCAAAGAUAUAAUGGAGAACGAAGGCGGCGACGGCGACGAACAAAACAGUGAAAAUGAGUUUGAGGACGAGGAAGAGGAGGAAGAUGACGUGGAAUUAGAUCUUUCAGAAGGGGAAGAGGUGGGAUUUGAAAAAUCUGGAAAAAAUGGACAAUUUUCGAGUUACAGAUGGAUGAUAUCGGUUCGGAUGAGGAAUUGGAAGAGGACGAAGAAGAAGAAGAUGGAAUUGAGGAUGAAGAAGGAGAGGAUUCUGAUGAAAAUGAAGAGAAAGAGGAAGAAAGAGAGGAAGAGGAAGCCGAAGACAUUUACGGACGCAAAAUUAAUAGGUAAAAGCACUAAGGAAAAUCAAGAAAAACUCGGGGUUUUCAAAGACAAUUUUUGCAGACAAACGGGCGAGCUGAUCAAAUUCGACCCGGCGGCGGCGCGACGGAAACUCGAAGAACUCGACGCGGCCACCGCCGAUUCGGGCUCAUCGGCGGAGCAAAGAGCACGUGUGGAUCGGGCGGUGAACAGCGUCAUCAACAAACUCUCCGACGCGAUGCUCGUCAAGUCGCAGCAGGCGAUCGCGGAGCUGUGGACGACGAGCUCGAAAAAUGGUAGGGGAGCCUGAAAAUGCGCUAAUUGUCUUUUUUGUGGUUUUGCACAUGUAAUUCGUAUUCUGUAACUGAAUUCCCGCAUUUUGGGAGCAAUGCGUUGUUUUUGUGCUCUGAUGUUUUGUUUCAAAGCACAAGACACAUUAAACGUCAAAAGAUUCGUAUUUUUAAACCCUCCAAUUUCAGACGUGAAAAGUGCGCUGUACAAGUUCCUUUCGAAGGCGUUGGCGGCGCCGUUCCGUCUCCAAGACUCGCUUCUGACGACCUACGGAGCAUUUGUGACAAUGUGCCAUUCGAUGAUCAGCAACGAGAUUUGUGAGGACCAGUUUUUUGGAAAAAAAAAUGUUUGAUAAUGCUCUUUUCUAUUCAGCCGCCCAUUUCGUAGAAGUGUUCCUUUGCGAUCUGGUCAAAUCGAUGCGAAAUGAAGAGGAAACGGACGAUAAAUCGAUGGAGAAUCGUGUGGUUUUCACGGCGAUGCUCGUCGUCUUUCGCAUCCUCCAACCCUCGAUUCUCGUCGAACUUUUGGAGAAGUUUGCGGAAAAUCUGAAUUUAACGAAUCUUUUCGCGGUGCGAACACUCGUCGCCUACGCCUACAAAUCGCUGAAAAAGACGCAAUGGCAGUCGGUGACCGAGAAAAUCGAUAAAAUCGCGGCGGACUUUCAGCAGAAGCCCGUCUCGGCGCUUCCGAGAGCCAAAUUCCUGCUGGAAGAGGUUUUGGCGCUGAAAAAAGCGAGCCCGAAGGCCAUCGAUUACACGGUGUUCGAGCGGCAGGUCAAAGUGCUGCAGGGACUCACUAAAAGUAGGUCAAACCUCGAUGAUUUGGAAAAAUUGACGAAAUUUGCAGAAAAAGGAGCCGCGGCGGACGGGAAAGAGCUCUCGAUGACGCUGAACGACCUGCUGCACGCCGAGCAACGAGGAAGAUGGUAAUUUUGGGCAUUUUUCAGAACCUCUAUUGAAAAAUGACGUUAAAAGCUUUUCGAGCUCGUUUUUAUCCGUGAUUUUUCAUUUAAAUUUCAGGUGGAUCGUCGGUUCGGCGUUCCGUCUUCCCGAAAACGGCGGAUACGGUCUCCUGGCGUCGGCGGCUCAACAGAAGAAGAACGCGUCCGGAGGGACCGCGUUCCCGCCGGAAAUCGUCUCGUUGGCCACAAAAGCGGGCAUGAACUCGGAGAUUCGGCGACAGAUUUUCUGCUCUGUCGGUCAGUAACUACAUGCGUUUUUUCAUGCGGCUGCAAAACUUUCGUACACUUUCAGCGACUGCGGAAGACGAAGACGAGGCGUUCGAGCGUCUGCUGAAGCUCUCGUUGAAGGGAGAGAAGGAGCGGGAGCUGGUGCACGUGCUCAUUGCGAUGAUGAUGAAGGAGAAGUCGUUCAACGCCUUCUACGCCGCACUUUUGCAACGGUUUUGCGAGUUUAACAAACGAUUUGUGGUACGUUUCUCCACUUUCUUGAAUUAUUUGCAGGGCCGGGCUUGGACUUUUGACCCAAAUUUUGCAGGCUUCUCGGGCGUGGAUUGAAGUAUUCUGGGUCCGAGUUUCAGACCGAUUGGAUUAUCUAGUGUACCCGAGACUGGGCUUGGACCCAAUAUACUUAAAUCCAGGUUCAAGAAACCUGCAAAGUUUGGGUCCGAUCGGAAUAUUGCAAGUGGGUAAGCCCUGAUGAUUUCUAUACAAUUAUCCGCAGAUCACUCUCCAAUUCGCGCUUUGGGACCGACUGCGCGAGUGCGAUUCUCUGAAACCGUUCCAGCGUGGCUCGCUGGCUCAACUCGUGCAGCAUUUGAUCGCCAACGAAGUGAUGCCGAUAACAGUACUCAAGGUACCGUAGCCCCAAUAAUCGACAGUAAUCCAUGUGCCUUUUCAGACGGUCGAAUGGGCGAGCCGCUCGGCGCCACUCACCUCUUUGCUCAAAAAGCUCUUCGUCGGACUCGCCAAAUCGCCCGAAUCCGUGCUCCGACGCGUUUUCGAGCCGGUCAUCAACACGCAGAAACGGGCGAAAUUCGAAUUGAUGUCAGAGGUACGGCUGGGCGAAAAUUUCACGAAAAUGGUCAUUUUUACCUUUGUGUGUUUUCAGGGAAUGCGCGUAUUUUGGCACAUGAACCUCGCCGACUCGGCGGCCUAUCAAAAAGUGAACAAAUGGAUCAUGGAGAGCGGAUACGAUUGA